CCAUACAUACAUGUGUGGAUGUGCUAAAAUUUGUUUGUGGACAGAGGCAAUCUUUGAUUGGGGCGAUCUGUAGGUGCUGCCACUCAAGAUAUAAAAGCGCUUUCCUCUGCACAUCUGCUGAGCUUGUCACUCACGCCCCCCUCAACAACCGAGCUGCAUUACUAUACAUACAUUCUCAAUUCACUGGGCAAUUGCUCUUGUUCAAUUGAUUUCCUCUACCUGUUUAUCGGUUGCAUUAUUAAGUAGCUUCUCCUAACUCCAUACGUUUAAGGACUGUUUGAUUAGUCGUGUUUCGUGAUGCUUCAAGACCCGAUAUGUGUGAUUGGUAGGCCACUUGGGCGCCUAUCGGCCAAAUCGCAGGCUGCUUUUUGCGGGCUUUCUCGAGGCAACUUACAGUCAAGCAAUUCCCCAGCGGCAUCUUCCAUUCCUUCUCCGCAAGUAAUCAAGGUAGUUCACGAAAAGUUUGAUGAGACAUCGUUGGCUUCAGAAGGAAGCUGGGCCGGCUUCGCACGAACCGGUUUUGCAUGCCUCCGCUUAGCCAGACUUCAUACUCUAAUGGCGUGGGCCAUCUUUCCCGCCCCUGCAAUUUAUACCGUCGUACUUUAUCAUAGCACUGGAGCAAUGGCUCUGGAUGCAUCGGAGAAAAUCCUUGGAUGUAUGCGAUUAUCAGUGGUGAUGUUCUUGUGUGUAUUGAGUUACCGCGCUGCAGGACUUGCAUGGGACGACCUUAUUGAUCGAGAUUUUGAUGCUCAAGUUACACGAUCUAUGACUCGACCUCUUCCGGCGGGUGACAUAUCUGUCGAUGGCGCUCUGCUCUACAUUAUCUUUCAAAUAGGCUGUACCAUCAUCUUGCUACAAGCUCUCACAGGCCCCGAGGUCUUCGUCAGCUUUAUAAUUUCCGGUGCACUUUUUGGAAUUUACCCCUAUCUUAAGCGCUGGACGAAUUACACCCAAAUAUUUGGCGCGCUGUUGAUUGCCAUGGGAGUUAUACAAGGAUGGCUUGCAUGCGCGACUCUCUACAAUCCGGUUCCCGGUUUCACUCCUGGUUGGACUCAUGCCCUCGCUAUCAUCCAGAGAGAUUGGCUGCAGCUGGUUCCCAUUUUCUUGAUGGAGUUCACAUAUGAACUCGCACACGAGCUUAUAUACGGCUGCCAGGAUACCGCUGAAGACAUCAUGAUUGGAUUACAUUCACUGUCAAUUUUAUGCGGUUACGAACAAAGUCGAACUCUAGGCACUUCUCUCAUGAGCUGCUUUUGCUGCUUUCUUGCUUAUUGUGGAAGAAAUGCCGAUGUGGUGGGAUGGCAGGCCUCCAUAAUACCCCCUCUGAUGCUGGUUUACUGGACGAGCAGGUUAGACCUCUCCACACCAGCUUCUUGUGGAAAAUGGGCUGGUAGCGCAAUCAAAGUGAAAGUUGUCGUAACGCUAGUAUUGAUGCUUUGCUUUAUCCAAAAGGAGAUGGAAUUGUUGGAGCUGAUCAGGAGCAGCUUAAGCCACCUUGCAAAGAACACAUCACUUCCAUGAUAAUCAUUAAAAAUCUUUCCCGCACAUCGUUAAUAUCUUGCAACCACUCUACUUAUUUUUAAUCAUGCAAGGGGGCUCUUAAUGUUUUUCAAACAUGAAUCAUAUCUUGGAUUGUAGCUCCUGAUCAAUUUUUAUAUGUAUCUCCUGAAGAUCCGAUGUCACAUAUUGCCUCUCCACUUGUAAACUAUCUCACAUCUUCAAUAGUUGUGCUUGAGUCUUGAAUUAAUCUAUAUCGUUUUUUUCUUUUCUCAGCAUCAUAAGUGAUCAUUCAUACCUCAAAUUGUUGGCUUGUCACCUUUUCCAUAUUUUUUUUCCAGGCUAAUUUCAUGUUUUCACUUGACUCAUUGAGAUCAUUGAGGCAAAUAUCAACCUGAAUUAUCUUCUUCAGCACCACUCAUAUCACUCUAUUUUGAAAAUGUGUUGAACAAAUUGACAACAUAAUCAUGCUUG